UAAGCGCUGCGUUUUCGCGCUCAUGGUGAAGUACUUGCCUGAGUGAAUCAGUAUGUCCACGACGGAGUCUAUCUGACAUAGUCCUAGGUUACUUGUGGGAUAAGUACUUGAUUUCACAAUGAUCCCAAGUAUUUCUGGUGUUGCAGGAGAUGCAGCUUGGAAAUGUUGGUUGGAACUGGGAAAGCUUUAGCGAAGCUCUUUCCAAGACAAUCUCUGUUACUCCGCCAGAAACUUCGGCAGAAGAACUGAAGCGAACAAGAGAUUUAGAAAAUUGGAAGUUAACGACAAACGGCCCUCUACAACUAUCUUUUCCACGCACUCUACUUGACGUAGAUAUCCGUUUCCAUGGAGCUUUGGUUAAUUCGGGUAUCCGGAAAAUUCCACAACGGCUUGACGGUGAUCCCCACGGCACGUUCUUCACUUUGAACACAUUGGAUCCGUUAUUGAAUUAUCGCUCUCACUCGACGAGUUCUUUCCUUCGGAACUCGAGUCGUCCAAAUCUUUCCAUUCUUCUAAACGCAUCCGCCACAAAACUGGAAAUUCCUGACUCUAAAGAGGAUUUGACGGCAACAGGAGUCAAGUUCUUCCAUGGCAUCAAAUCUUAUGUGGCGCGUGCAGAUAGAUGACAACCUCGUUCUUGACCUAAAAUGAUACUGUGAGGGUUCAUGGACUAAAUAUUGCAUUUAUGGAAAACCCUACGAAAGCUCGCGAUGACCUUGAUUGUUCGGAGGUGAACGAUGUCGUGGAUAGCAUUAAGCGCAAGGUCGAGGAGGAAGGGUUGAUUGAUCGUGAGCAUCCAUUAACUAUGUGCUAGGUAUCGUAGGUAUAUGGCACUAUAGUUCCUUAUUUUUUCUACUCGAGAAUUGUAACGAUCAUGAC